AUGGCUUCCGAUCUUGCUCACUCGACUCAGCGGCCCAGAGCUGCUACUACUACUCUUCCCACCAUGCUUCCUCCACCCGCCACUCAACAGUUGUUACAAGGUCCUAGUUCGAUGUAUGGAGGAAGUCCACCUUUGGGGUCUAGUGAGCAUGAUGUCACUAGUGCAGCUCAAGCUCCUUUGCGACAUCCCAAGCCUUUGACCCCAUCGGAUUUACAUUUGGUUUUGGAGAAGGAGCAGGAGUCUAUGGUCAACCGAUUGACCCGAGAGCUUUCUCUUCUUCGUCAGCAAACUGCAUCAGUAGCAUCGACUGCAUCCUCCACCUCGACUCUGAAUGACGUCUCCGAUGGAAUUCAUGGUUCUCCGUCUCUCAGCUCGACCCACUCCCACUCGUCCCGACGACAGCGCUCCUCGUCUAGUUUGAGCUCCCAUACCCCAUCUGUUCAAGGUGCACAAGGAGGUAUUACUGGUAUCGCACCCUCACGAACAGCGGAUAAUCCUCGUAGUGUGAGAAGUCGUGAACCAUCUCUCACUCAUCGCCGCCCAUCAAUUGGAACUCUGAACUCAUACACUCAACACCCUCACCCAGACCAUAUUGCUCAUUACGGAAACAGUCCAUCCAUUUAUCCCCAUCGGACCUCGGUAUCUCAGACCCACCUGGGUCUAUCCAGUAGUUCCCUGGCCCGUUAUGAGGAGGCUGCGAUGCAUAAACAAGAGUUGGAAACUGCGAGGCGAGAGAAUGAGCACCUACGACGACGAGUGCGAGAAUUGGAACAGGUUUUGAAGAAGCAGAAGGAGGACCCUCUUGAUUUGUGA